AUGGAUAUUAUUUUAAAGCAAAAAGAUAAACAAUAAUAUAAUAAAGUAUUAGAUAAAAUAAAUGAUGUCUUAGGUAGUAAGAAACAUAAGGGUAUAAACAAAUUUUAUGCUAUGCUACUAUUAAAAGAUUGUGUAACUCCCCAAGAUUAAAAAUCGAAUACUGAUUUUGUAGUUAGUUUAUUAAAGCAUUCUGUUUUAAAAAAAAUAUAAGAAAUAUGUGAAUUUGAUAAAGGAAAUAAAAAAGAAACAAGAGGAUAAACAAUGUAUAAAGAAAAUGAAUAUACUGGUAUUUAAAUUAUUAGAUUAUGUAUGGAAUGUAUUAUGAAAUGGGCAAAAACUUGGGAAAAUGAUAAAAAUGGAAAAAAAUUAUAAUUUAUAUAAAUUCAAGAGAACUUAAAAAAAUAAAAUAUUUAAUUUCCUGAUAGUUAUUUAUUUUUCGAAGAAAAAAAAGCUGCUGCGCCUGUACAAGAAUCGAAAUAAAUUGCUACUGAUUUAAUGUUAAAAGCAUAAAAUUAAAUGAUAGGAAUAUUAGAAUUUGUAGAUUAAUGUGAAACUGAAGAACAAGCCUUAGAUUUUCUUUAUGAAGCCCUAGAUGCAAAUUUACCAGAUAUUUAAAAUAUAUAAAAUUAAAUUCAAAAUAUUGAUUUAGAUGAAUUAGAUAAACUAGAUGAUUAAUAAUAAAUAUUUGCGAUAUCUGAAUACUAUAAUAAUUAUUUAGACUAUCAUUUAAUGUUAAAAAAGUAAUAAAUAGAUUAUGAAAAAUUCAGAAAGCUAACUUUAGAAGAAGCAAAAAUAGCAUUUCCAAUGUUUGUUCCUUAAAACUUUUAAGAAACGAAAAAAAUGCCUGAUGAUUUGGGAAAUAACUUAGAUUAAUUCGAAUCUUAAGGAGCUUAAGUAGAUACAUUUUAAAAUCAAGAAUAUGAGAGAGAAUAAGAGAUUAAAAUAAAAGAAGAAUACGAAAGAAGUAAAAGUGACAUUUCUGUUUUCGAUUUUCCUAUGAAAAAUAUGCAAAUAAAUUAAAAAGAACAUAGAGUCGGGACUAUUUCGGAAAAAAUACUUGAUAUUAAUACUUAGAGGUAUGUUAUUAAGUGUAAUUUAUAUUUAGGAAAUAAAUCUGGCUUUACAGUUGAAAACUUUAAAUUGAAAUUUGAAGGAGAUCAAAGAACCGUUGAAUUAGAUAUUUAGAAAAUAGAAUAUAUGUUAAAGUUUAUUGUUUAUCCAAAUUAUAGAGCUUUAAUAAAAAUUAUUCCCUUUUCGGGUUAUGUUGCUACAGCAAAAACUUUAAUAGAUCAUUUUGUUUUCAUUUUUGGAUAAGAUUGA